AUGAAGUAUAAGGAAUUGGGCGAUUAUUGCACAUAUAAACCAUGGAAAGUCAACAUGCUGUUAGAAAUUACAGGAACGAUAUCUGAAUCAUGGAGGAACCGACAAGUUUUGGAUAAAUUGAAAGUUGAACGAGAAAGAGGGAUUACUGUUAAGGCGCAAGUGUGUAGUAUGUUGUAUGAUUAUAGGGGGGAAACAUAUCUUCUUAAUUUGAUUGAUACUCCUGGACACGUUGAUUUUAGAACAGAGGUUGAUCAUAGUUUAGCUGUAUGUGAUGGAUGUUUAUUGCUUGUUGAUGCUUCUCAAGGUAUUCAAUCUCAGACGGUCGCUAAUUACCAGCUUGCGUUAUCUAGAAGAUUAGUUAUUUUGCCAGUAUUAAAUAAAAUUGAUAUGCCUAAUUCAGAGCCAGAGAAAAUUUUAAGUCAAUUGAAGCAAACAUUCAAUAUAGUUCCAGAAGAUGUUAUGUUUGUUUCUGCAAAAAAAGGAACGGGUAUAGAAAAAAUUAUUCCUAAUAUUGUUGAUAAAAUACCUCCGCCUAAAGGAUCUUUAAUGAAUGAUUUGAAAUGUUUUCUUAUAGAUAGCUGGUAUGAUCCCUUUGAUGGUGUUAUUAUUUUAGUUAAGGUUUAUGAUGGCUGUUUGCGUAAAGGAGAUAAGAUUCAAAGUAUUUGUACUGGUUUAAAAUAUAAUGUUACCGAUGUUGGAAUAAUGUAUCCUGACAGAGUUUCUACAGAAUUACUUAAGGCUGGGCAAGUUGGCUAUGUUAUAUUGGGCAUGAAGAAUAGUGAGGAAUCUUAUAUAGGGGAUACAUUUUAUCAUGUGGGUAAAAAUGUCAAUCCUUUACCUAGAUUUAAGGAAUUUAAGCCUACUAUAUUUGUUGGCGCCUUUCCUGUAGAUGCAAAUAAUUUUCAAAAAUUAAAUGAAAGUAUUAAACAUCUGCUGUUAAAUGAUAGGUCUGUAUUUGUGGAGAAAGAGUCAUCUAGUGCGUUGGGUCAAGGCUGGCGCAUUGGUUUUGUGGGAACUCUUCAUUUAUCUGUAUUUAAAGAUAGGUUAAAAAAUGAAUAUAAUGAAGAGAUAAUUGUUACAUCUCCUACUGUUCCUUUUAAAUUGAUAUAUAAAAAUGGAAAAGAAAAAAUGAUUUCAAAUCCAUCGUUAUUUCCUGAUAUUAUAGAUUUGAAACGUGACAUUUUGAAUUUAGAAGAGCCUGUAGCGGAAGUUACUAUGGCGUUUCCGUUUGAAUAUUUGGGUGAUGUUAUUGAAUUAUGUGAAAAUAAUAGAGGUAUUCGAAAGGAAAUGAUAUUUCCUUCUGAAGAGAAUUGUAUUCUAAAAUAUGAUAUUCCUAUGGUUUUGCUAAUUGAUGACUUUUUUGAAAAACUUAAAGGUCUUACAAAAGGAUAUGCUACAUUGGAUUAUAGAAUUAUUGGCUAUAAAGUGGCCGAUUUAGUUAAAAUAAAGCUUUUAAUCAAUGGUAGUCCCAUUGAUGCGCUUUCUACAAUACUACAUAGAAGUCAAAUAAAUGCAAAAGGAAAAGAGUUUGUCAGGCAUUUGAAAUCUUUAAUUAAAAAGCAGUUAUUUGAGGUAAUAAUACAAGCAGUGGUAGAAAAUAGAAUUAUAGCUCGCGAAACAAUAAAACCGUUAAAAAAAGCUGUAACAGCUAAAUGUUAUGGAGGAGAUAUUACUCGCAAAAUGAAACUUUUAUCUAAACAAAAAGAGGGUAAAAAAAAAUUAAAAGAUAUUGGUAAUGUAAUUGUUGAUCAUACUGUAUUUCAAAGAUUUUUGGAAAAAUAUACAUAG